AGGCAACCACCACCUGUAACGUGUCACCGCCACAGCCGUCGUUGUCGUCGUCGCGCCGCCAUCGUCUUCGUCGUCGUCGUCCACUUCGGCCCUUUCGUUUUCUGACCACACGCAAUCUUCCGCUCGACCGCGCACGCACUCGUCCGCCUUACAAACGCUACACCCGGUGGUGGUGCAGGUGGCGAUCCGCGGCUGACCGAAACCGUCCGUCGUCGUAUCCUGCCCCAAGUCCGCGCCGGCACCCGAAAGAUGAGAGGGCGCGUCCCGGCCACGUUCGCCGUGCGCGCUUUUUACGUGAUGGCGUGCACCGCGGCGGCCGUGCUGGGCGUCCGGGGCACCGACGACAGCCUGCGGUCCGCGCUGGAAGCCAUUUCGGACAAAUUGGGAUCGACGCCCCCACGGGUGGCGGCCGCGGUCUACUUGAACACAGAUGACGGUCAACCGGAAGACAUUGGUUAUGGUUAUCAAAAAAAUUUGAGAAAUUUAGAAAAUAUAUUUGAACAAGGAGUUCGAGUACCAAACAAUAAGAUUUACAAAGAUGAAGUGGCUGAAAAGUUUCUCAACUAUUUGGCUAAUGAAAGUCCUCAGUACAAUCAAAAACCGUGGAGUAAAAAGUCGAUAUUCCGCGAGAGGGAAGGAUCAGACAUGCCGGACAAUUUACAACAACUGAAAUAUGAUAGAUACGCGACGCCUUCUGCUUUUCGCGAACGAUACAAAACUAAUCCCAACAUAGAACAAGAUUACAAAAACAAUAUGGAAGAUCAAGGCGAUUAUUUGUACGCGUUGAAUACGCUUAUAGACAAAUACAUCGAAGAAAAUGUACAAGGCAUGUCAGACGAAGAACUAGAGAGUUUUCUGAGGUCUCAGGAAGAAAAACGUAACAUACCGGAUGAAUAUCAAAAUGUUUACGAUCCUUAUUAUAAAAGGGGGAACCCGAUGAAAAGGCAGUAUUUGUUCAUCCCCGGGUAUCAUACGAGACGAAACAACAAGUAUCGAAGUAAAUGGGUAAAGCCGAGAUUAAUGAAGAGGUCGAAGAAAAAUGUCGCGUUAAAUGAAUCGCACACAGACCCAAAAGUGGCCGCCGAGCUUAAUAAUAUUUUUCUUGGAUCGGAAUCAAAUACAAACGUCAACACCACAACAAUCAUAAAUAAUAGUGUUAAUCAAACAGCAAAACCAGAAGUGGAUGGUAACAACCUCAAAAUAGAUUUGAAAAAAAAGUCCAUCGAUUGGAGUAAUUAUUUUGGAUACGAUCGAAAGAAAAAAUCCAUCGAGAACAUACCAUCCGACGAUACCAUUUUAAAUCAAUAUAUUCGUGCCUAUGGGAAAGAAAAUGACGAAAACGAAGAGAUGAACACUAUCAAUCUAAAAGAUGACAAAUUAAUGUGGAUGGAAGAUGCACUUAUUAACGACGCACUGAAAUAUACGGGAGCUAAUCAAGGUACCAACGAUCCAGAAGAAAUAAACAACGUCAAAAAUCAAGUACUCGCAAAUUUGAAUCAAGCAUACAACAUUGAAAAACUUAGAAAUGAAAAUAACGAGAUGCAAGAAAAACAAUAUGAAAAAGCAGAUUUUGUUGUGCCUUCAGAAAAUAACAGUCAACCCAUGAAUUCAUUGGAUAUAGCAGAGUCAAAUAAAGAAGCCGAUCAUCACGAAUGUACUCAACUUCUACAAAUAACUCAGAACUGUCUAGAAUUGGGGGGAUCAGCUGGAGACUUGAUGUUGCCCGUGUGCAUGCUUUACCGCGUUUGCAGUACUUGUGAAUCCGAACAAUCAGAAUGUGAAGCAAAAUUCAUACAAGGAUCCCACGAACUGUGCAGCAAAGCUCCGUUGUGUAGAUACUUUUCACGGCGUAUACUACAACUUAUGCAAGAACAUCCAUUACAAAUACAAUGCCAUAAGUGCAUGGUUAACUUUUUACAGAACGAAGAUUAAUAGAUGAAUCUUUAAUAAUAUAAUUUGAUCAUAACAUUAAACUAAAAAAAUGGGAAAUUAUGCCUAUAACAUAAUAUAAUUAUAUAUAUAUAUAUAUAUAUGUAUACAUAAGCUUAAAUUAUAUUCACUUAGAUGGUGCUAAUCUGUCUCAGAGUUACCAACUUUGUUUUGCUGAUGUAUGCAAGUUAAAAUAAUAAAGAAGUAGUUUAUUCAAUACAUCAACGGUCUUUAAUAAAUAUUACAUAAUAAUCAUAUAUACAUAAUACAUAUAUAUAUAUAUAUAUAUAUUAUAUAAAUUAUAAUAAUAACAUAAACUAGUUAUUUGAUGAUUGUCAUUGGUAUUGUUAUAAUCCUAAUAAACUUAAGAUGGCUUAAUCAUAUU